AUGCUUCCCGCCUUCGAGCGAUAUUUCCUCUUUGGAAUGCUUUCCGCCUCCGAGCGAUAUUCCCUCUUUGGAAUGACUUCCCGCCUCCGAGCAAUGUUCCCUCUCAUGAAGCAAAGAAGCGAUGCGCUUCCCAGGAAGCCGAGGAGCGACGCGCUUCCAAGGAAGCCGAGGGGCGACGCGCUUUCUAGGAAGCCAAGGAGCGAUGCUCUUCCCAGGAAGCUGAGGAGAGACGAGCUUCCUUAG